CCCAGCCAUGCCCAGCUUCAGAGUAUGCUCUAAAGAGGCAGCAGUGGAGCUCUCAGUUCCGGGACCAUCCCCUUGGACCCCUAGAGCCCAGGCCUAUGUGGAGGAUGCUCCUGCCAAGACCCACGCUGGAUCUGCACUUCAUGUUUCCCUCUGUUGUGGUGACGCUGAGCCAGGAGCCACCUCCCCUCACCAUCAGCAGCCAGGCUGGGACACCAGGACUAAGGGCCAGGAGUUUGUUCAGAAGGAAGAAGUUUCUGAGGACUUGGAAUCACAUGUAGAAAUAUCAGACAGCUCUGGCAGUGAUGCUCCCCAGACACCUGAGCUUGCAGUACUCCGUGGUGGUGUAGAAGAAAGAGACUGGGGGGUCCCUGAGGAUGAGAGGCAGAUGCACCACCCUCACCAGGAGGGGGCCUUCACUCUUGCACAGAUGCUUCUCAGGAGCCCCUCAGGAGAGAGAGAGGUGGACUGGGAAGACAUCAAGAGCAGCUGCAGCCGGAGCCCAAGCCCAGUGGAGUGUCAGGGGCCUCCUGUGGAGGAGAGGCCCCAUCCACGUGGCAUACAGAGCCUGCCCUGCAGCCUGGACCUGCCCAGCUGCACAGGACUUAACGUGGCCAAAAGCCCGUUCAUAUGCAGCGAGUGUGGGAAAACCUUUGAAGGAGACCCUGAUCUUACACAGCAUCAGACAGUGCACACUGGACACAAGUCCUUCAUCUGUAACGAGUGUGGAAGGCUCUUCAGCACACACACAGGCUUCCUUCAGCACCAGCUCACCCACCAUGGGGAGAAGCUGCAUGUGUGUUCUGAGUGUGGGAAAGCCUUCUGCCAGAGCUCCAGCCUUAAAAAGCACCAGAAGUCCCAUGUGAGUGAGAAGCCCUACGAAUGCAGUGAGUGCGGGAAGACCUUCAGGCGCAGCUCCAACCUCAUCCAGCACCAGAGAAUCCACUCUGGCGAGAAGCCGUACCUGUGUCAUGCCUGUGGGAAGGCCUUCAGGCGCAGUUCCAACCUCGUCAACCACCAGAGGGUCCACACAGGGGAGAAGCCCUUCGAGUGUACUGAGUGUGGGAGGGCCUUCAGCCAGAGUUCACACGUGAGGAAGCACCAGAGGGUCCAUACCGGGGAGAGGCCUUACUCAUGUAGCGAGUGUGGCAAGCCCUUCAGCCGGGUGUCCAACCUCAUCAAACACCACAGGGUCCACACGGGCGAGAAGCCCUACAAGUGCAGUGACUGCGGGAAGGCCUUCAGCCAGAGCUCGAGCCUCAUCCAGCACUGGAGGAUCCACACCGGGGAGAAGCCUCAUGUGUGUGCUGUGUGUGGCAAGGCCUUCAGGUACAGCUCGGUGCUCCAAAAGCACCAGAUCACCCACACGGGGGAGAAGCCGUAUGAGUGUGGCGUCUGCGGGAAGGCCUUCAGCCACAGCUCGGCACUCGUGCAGCACCAGGGUGUGCACACGGGCGACAAGCCCUACGAGUGCCGCGAGUGUGGAAAGACCUUUGGCCGCAGCUCCAACCUCAUCCUGCACCACCGGGUCCACACGGGGGAGAAGCCCUAUGAAUGCACUGAGUGCGGGAAAACUUUCAGCCAGAACUCAACUCUCAUUCAGCAUAAGAGGAUCCACAAUGGGUUGAAACCCCACAAGUGUAACCAGUGUGGCAAAGCCUUCAACCGGAGCUCCAACCUCAUCCACCACCAGAAGGUCCACACUGGAGAGAAGCCCUACACCUGCGUCGAAUGUGGGAAGGGCUUCAGGCAGAGCUCGCACCUCAUUCAGCACCAGAUCAUCCACACGGGCGAGAGGCCCUAUCAGUGCAGUGAGUGUGGGAAGUCCUUCAGCCAGUGCUCCGUUCUCAUCCAGCACCAGCGGAUCCACACGGGGGUGAAGCCCUACGACUGCACGGCUUGUGGAAAAGCCUUCAGCCAGCGGUCAAAGUUGACCAAGCACCAGUUGAUCCACACCAGGGAGUGAACCCCUCGAAGCUUCACCCUGACCCCCUGGCUGUGCCUUGCUCUCCCUCCCCAGACUUGAGGUGCUCUCGCUCACUCUGUCCACCCAUGAGGCCACCGUCCACAGAGGCCACCGUCUACACACUGGGGACCCUCCUGUGGUCCUGCUCCUUCUCCCAAGUCCCCUGCCAUCACCCUUGUCUCUUGUGAGCUCAUUUCUCUUUGUUGUUUGUUUUUCCAGUUUGUUAUGAGACAGCUGUGCUUGUUAGAAGGGAAAGGAUUAUAGAGGCUGUGCACUCAUCCAUAGAGUUUAUUACUGUAAAGGAACAUAACCAAGAAAGUAAAUGACAUUUGGUUUGAGACAACCACAGACCUCGGUGUGCUCACUAGUCAAGGGACUGAGUCCUUUGUCAGGGGUUGUGGCUGGUAUCUGUUUUCAUGUCAGGUUGAGAGUUUUCAGGUCUGGUUGCUGUCACUACCGCCCCCCCUCCCCCACAUCCUACCUGGUAAUGGGACCUGACCCUCCCUGCUCCCCCCUUUCCAGGGUGUCUGUCUGCAGUCUGUGGUUAUGUGUUUUUGCUCUGUGGUGGCCCAGGCCCUGUGGCCCCACUCAGGCUGAAGCACGAUUGUACAUGAGGCAGUUCCUGAGCUCUGGUCCUGGCCUCACCGACAGGGGCCGCUCUACAUGCUCCUGCCUUCCUCUGUCAGGCUCCCGGAUCCAUCGCCAGACAUUUACAGGGCACCUAGGUGCCCCUAAGAGGUGGGCAUUGGCUGCCGACUCCCUGCACAGGGGAACUUAGCCCAGAAGCCACACUUCUGCCACCAGGGAGGUCAUGUCCUGGGAAGAAUGGGGGACCCCUCCGCACUGUUCCAGGAGGAAAGGAGGCAGUGGCUUGUAGUCACAAAGGGAAGGGAAGGUGUGGCUUCUGAGUUCUCAAGGAAGUAGAGGCAAGGCCAGCAGUUGCAAAUGUGGAGGGAGAGGUGGUUUGAGGCUGGAGAGAAGAGAGGGUGGAGGGGUGACUCAGAUGCACAGGCGAGUCCAUGGGCUUGGGUGGCACAGGCUGCCCAGGCUCCCCUCCAAGGCCCCGUGAAGCAGCUGUCCCUGCUGCCCUGUAGAGGCCCUGUCAUACCCUCCCCUACACUUUGGGCACCAUCCCACCCCGUCUCCCUAGGCAACAACUAAUGGGAUACAGUUUCCAGACUUGGUCUCAGCCUGACAAGACUGCUCCUAUUCUUCCUGUCAGGCAGCUCCUCUGGCUUCACGCUCCUCCUCCGUCAGUCUGGCUUUGAUUUAUGAUUCCUUUUCUCAGUAAGUAUCUGUGUCCGCCUCGACUCCGCUCUGUCGCUGAUUGGCCCGCUUGCUGCUGGCCUGCGUCGCUCAGCCCUGCUGCACGUGGUGCGCUGUCACAUCCUCUGCUACAGAGUCAGAGACCCCUCCAACAAGAGGCUGAAUUGGUGCAAUACCAAAUUUGUGCAAGACUCCUCCACGGAAGGGGCUUCAGCCACCUCCUGCUAGGCCUCCUGGAGUCUCUGGACCACUCAUGAUGGCACUCAGUUGUCCAAGGGCUUCUGAUGCAAGAAACUGCCCUCUUUCCCCCAUACAACAUGCCACUAGAGCUACAAUUACUGAAACUGGACCUCCUGAGCCCAUGACCCUUUGUACCCAGCUGCUCAUUACGCUCUGGGUCACAGAAGCAGUACCCAACAAACUUAGGGGCUGCCGAGCUGCCUUGGUGCAGGAUGGAGCUGAACCUGGGCCUUUGGCCUGCUCCACCUGCAAGAGGAAUAGCCUCACCUAUUCUCAGCCCCUUUCCAGAUGUCAGGCUGCUGGACCCUGUCCACCUGGAGAGCUCCAGGGUGGGAUGAAUUCGGGGGAACAGCAGUGGGAGUUCCAAGACUAUAGGCAGAGAAGUGCCAACUGUCAUGGAAGAUGGAGCUCAGAGGGAAGCUGCUCCUCAUUUCUAACCAGGACGACCCUGAUACAGGGCCAGACUGGAGGGCCAGCAUGCCUGGCCAAACACCAGGCCGUUGUCUUAGCGCCCGGUGACUUGACUCAGCCUCAUCUGCGCAUUUCUACAAACUUGUGCUGACACCUAAGAGUUGAACCCUUUGGUGUAAAAAGCUCCAGGAAUCUCUUGCCUCACAGAUGCCCCCCAAUACUAAUCAAGCUCUCUAGAUGGCUCUCCCUAUACUUAGGCACAACACGAAGCCUCCCCCACACGCCCUCAUCCCCUCCAGAGUUCCAGGUUUUACUGAGAGUGGCCAAGGCGCUCUUAGUUUUACCUGCUGCAGGCUGCAGAGUCCACACAGCUUGUUUAAAGAGGCUCUGAAUUAGCUGAGUGAAACAUGGUGUGUCUCUCAUCAAACAUCAGGGUGAGUGGUGACUAGCAGGCUGGCACCUUGAGGCCUCAUCCUCCUCAUUUUGUGCCCACAUCUGGAAAAGCAGAAAAGCCAGCCGAGUGCUCUGCCCUCUGAUGCCAACAGGAGACCGAAGGCAUCCAGGCCCUCACCUGGGCCCAGGGACCUUCCCUCCAGCCGCUCCUGCUGACCGCAGCAGAGGCCCAGGCUGGUGACCCUUCUUGCUCUCAAGCCACCUCAGACCUGUUCCAGAGGCCUUCUCUACCCUCCUCAGAGACCUCCUUUAUGUCAAUAAUAAAGCUUUUCAUACCUUUAAAAAACCAGAAGCCCUGCUUGGCCUCCACACCUUCUUCCACUCUGGUCUUUGGUUUAUGGAUGUCAAGUUCCUCUGUACUGUGACUUCUCCUUCAACUCCUUGUUCUGACCAAAGCCUGGCUGCUGUGACUGCACAAGUUCCCCGGAGCCCUCACCCUUUCCCACGACCUCGAGAAUUAGAGAUCAGGAGGACGAUCUCCUGGCUCCUGAUUUCCACAUCCAUACACUUCUGCCUUCAGCUAAUAAUGCCAGCUCCGUUGAGAACAACAGAAAAGCAGCCCUAACAGCUCAAAGCUGCCCUGCGUUAGGGCUCCCUGGGCAAAAAAUGCCAGUUGGGGCCCCUAGGCCCGGCUCCAGGUGGCUCCCUGGUAUCAACUGUGCCAUGGUUUCCAUGUGCUGGCAGAGUUCUGGGAGACUCCUCCAUGGAUCCCACAGCCCAGGCCUCACAGAUGAUGAAUGUAGGGGAAAAACUGUCCCUUGACACCCAUGGCCUCUCUGUGCAAGGAGAAGCAGGGAGACUGGGGUGGUGUGUGAGAGCAGGGCCAGGGUCCAGGACCAUCCUGAAGUUUCUAUGGCUUUGGAGUCAACUCAGGUCUGAGUGGAAAACAGGGCCUUGAUGGCUGAGGACAGUGCAGGCCACGCCAGAGCAGCCAACCACGUAGGAUGAGGUUGGUUCUUUCCCCUGGGGCUUGGCAGACACUGGCCCCUGGGCUUCCCUGGAAGUAACACAAAGGCAUGGGGUGAGGUGGAGGUGGCCUGACUGCAGGUACCCUGUGAGGCUUAUUCUGUAUGCAGGUUCUUCUGGGCUCAUGGGCCAGACUGUGAAUCUUCCAGACAUCAGAACAUUGACUGGGGAGACCACUGCCAACUGGAAAUGUGAUAGAAAGAUGGUCUCAGAUUCAGGGGAAAGGACCAGUCUCAUUCUAUGUGGUAGUGGGGUAACAAGAUAGCCUUUUGGAAAAAGGACAAAACUAGACUUACUCUUUACAUCUCUUGGCAGAAUAAAGUCCAAAUGGAACAGAGAUUUAAAUGUAAAGAAACAAAACCAGAUGAGUACUGGGUGAAAACAUGGAUGGAUUCCUCCAGAACUGGGAAGUUAGGGAAAUUUUACUGUAGCUUGAAAUCAAGCAACAAUAAGGGAAAACAUGAUAAAUUUCAUUGCACAGAAAUAAAGUUUUGCAGGACCAACACCUUUAUAUUCAAAAUAAAAAGACAAAUGGUGAACUGGAGGAAGUGUUUACAACUUAUGUUAUACAUGACAUAAAAAUUAAUGUACAUAAGGCUAUUUAAAAUUAGGGUUUCAUUUUCAACAAAUGUUGUUGUAAUUAUUGCAUAACCGUAUGCCAACAAAGUGAAUCUCAAUCCUUGCCCCACACCAUCUAAAGAAUUUAACUCAAAAUGUAUCAUCAACCAAAAUGUACAGCAGAAACUUCUAAAAGAAAACAUAAGAGAAAACCUACUGACCUUCACUUUGGUCAAGAUUUAUUAAAUAAAUAAUCUUUGGUGAAGAUUUAUUAAAUAGGACACACAGAGCAGGAAUUUUCGAGGAAGGAAUUCAGUGAGUAGGAGCUCAUCAAGAUUUAGAACAUUUGUUCCUCAAAGGAAAAGGCAAAGCAUAAACUGGGAGAAAAUAUUUGCAAAACAUAUAUAUCUAAAAAAGGACUUGUACUCCAUGCUAUAAAGAAGUCCUGGUGACUUCCCUGGUGGUUCAGUGGGUAAGACUCCAUGUUUCCAAUGCAGGGGACCCUGGUUUGACCCCUAUUUGGGGAACUAAGAUACUGCACACUGCAACUAAGCCUGAGUCAAAGCUACUGAGCUCACACAAUCUACAGAAGCCUGCACUGCAACGAUGACAUGGUGCAGCCAAAAAUAAAAUAAUAAAAAAAUAAUUUAUUAAAAGUGA